UUAAUCGUUCGUUAUAUAACCUAAGACUCUCCUAUGAUGUAUUGCAUAAUGUUGCCUCACUGUGACCGUAGUUGUCGGUAGUAAAACUGUAAACUUUCCGAGGUUUCUUUUCUCUAAAUCAGAAUAUUUUUACUGUUUUGUCUGUUUUUCACAAUUGAGUGAAAGAUGGGCGUAAGAAGUUAUCAUGAAGAAGAGUCUUAUUUGGAAAGAAUAUCUCCUGUUAGUUGGAGAAUAAAGAAAGGUUUUGUUUCAAAUAUGAAAGUUGAAGGAAUCUUUUAUGUUAAUAAGAAUUUAGAAAAGUUAAUGUUUGAUGAAUUGCGAAAUUUUUGUCGCCCUGGAACUAUUGGUGGAUUUUUGCCUGCUAUGAAACAAAUUGGCAAUGUGGCUGCUCUUCCUGGAAUUGUUAAAAAAUCCAUUGGACUACCUGAUGUUCAUUCUGGAUAUGGUUUUGCAAUUGGUAAUACAGCUGCAUUUGAUAUGGAUGAUCCUAAAUCAAUUGUAUCCCCAGGUGGUGUAGGCUUUGAUAUUAACUGUGGUGUUCGUUUACUAAGAACGAAUUUGAUGGAAAAAGAUGUACAACCUAUUAAAGAGCAACUUGCUCAGAGUAUGUUUGAUCAUAUUCCUGUUGGUGUGGGAUCCAAAGGUAUUAUUCCAAUGAAUGCUAGGGACCUGGAGGAAGCCUUGGAAAUGGGAAUGGAUUGGUCUCUAAGAGAAGGCUAUGCUUGGGCAGAAGACAAGGAACAUUGUGAGGAGUAUGGCAGAAUGCUAACAGCUGAUCCAGCUAAAGUUUCGAUGAAAGCAAAAAAACGAGGUCUUCCUCAGCUUGGAACACUUGGUGCUGGGAAUCAUUAUGCUGAAAUUCAAGUAGUUGAUGAAAUUUUUGACAAAAGCAAUGCCAGUAAAAUGGGAAUAGACUCUAAAGGCCAAGUUUGUGUUAUGAUUCACAGUGGAAGUCGAGGAUUUGGACAUCAAGUUGCAACUGAUGCUCUUGUAGCUAUGGAGAAAGCAAUGAAACGAGACAAUAUUGAAGUCAAUGAUCGCCAAUUGGCCUGUGCACAUAUAAAAUCUCAAGAAGGCCAGGAUUACUUAAAAUCAAUGGCUGCGGCUGGUAAUUUUGCUUGGGUGAAUAGAGCCAGUAUGACAUUCCUAAGUAGACAGGCAUUUGCCAAAGCAUAUAACACAACUCCUGAUGACUUAGAUAUGCAUGUUAUAUAUGAUGUGUCACAUAACAUUGCCAAAAUGGAAAAACAUUUUGUUGAUGGCAAAGAAAAAAUGUUACUUGUUCAUAGAAAAGGAUCUACUAGAGCUUUUCCACCUCAUCAUCCUCUAAUUCCUGUGGACUAUCAGCUAACUGGCCAGCCUGUUCUUAUUGGUGGGACUAUGGGUACAUGUAGUUAUGUACUGACUGGUACUGAAAGAGGAAUGGUUGAAACAUUUGGUACAACAUGCCAUGGUGCUGGUCGAGCAUUAUCCCGGGCCAAGUCUAGAAGAAAUUUAGAUUAUAUGGAUGUUUUGAAUAAUUUAGCUGAUUUGGGAAUUUCAAUUAGAGUUGCAUCUCCAAAGCUAGUUAUGGAAGAAGCCCCAGAUUCAUACAAAAAUGUAUGUGAUGUAGUUGAUACCUGUCAUGAGGCAGGAGUUAGUAAAAAAUGUAUUAAAUUAAGACCUAUUGCUGUAAUAAAAGGAUAAUUUACUGAA